AGGCGUCCAAGAUGGCGGGGGUGCCGACGGUCCGCAUCAGCAUCGAGUCGGCCUGCGAGAAGCAUGUGCAGGAGGUGGGGCUGGACGGGAGCGAGACCUACCUGCAGCCGCUCUCCAUGUCGCAGAACCUGGCCCGCCUGGCGCAGCGCAUCGACUUCAGCCAGGGCAGCUCCGGCUCCGAGGAGGACGAGCCCAGCCCGGGCGGCGGCGCCGGGGGGCGGGAGUGGCCGGCGGCCGGGGGCGACAACGACGACGAGGAGGAGGAAGGUUUGGUGAAGUUUCAGCCAUCUCUCUGGCCUUGGGAUUCAGUGAGGAAUAACUUGAGAAGUGCCUUGACCGAGAUGUGCGUGCUCUACGACGUCCUCAACAUUGUCAAAGAUAAAAAGUUCAUGACUCUGGAUCCGGUUGUGCAAGAGCCGGUACCCCAAAAGCAGAAUCCUCAAGUUUUACAGUUGGUCUCCAAGAAGAAGUCAUUAGCCGGAGCAGCCCAGAUCCUACUGAAAGGUGCCGAAAGGCUGUCUAAAUCAGUCGCAGAGAGCCAGGAAAACAAGCGGCAGAGAGACUUCAACUCUGAACUGCUAAGGCUGAGACAGCACUGGAAGCUGAGGAAGGUGGGAGAUAAAAUCCUUGGAGACUUGAGCUACAAAAGUGCAGGGUCUCUCUUUCCGCAUCACGGCACAUUUGAAGUCAUUAAAAACACAGACAUUGAUCUGGAUAAAAAAAUUCCUGAUGAUUACUGUCCUCUGGAUGUCCAGAUCCCAAGUGAUUUGGAGGGAUCUGCCUACAUCAAGGUGUCUAUUCAGAAACAAGCUCCAGAUAUAGGGGAUCUUGGAACAGUAAAUUUGUUUAAACGACCUCUUCCAAAGACAAAGCCAGGAGCUCCACAUUGGCAGACCAGACUUGAAACAGCACAGAAUGUCCUGUUGUGUAAAGAAAUCUUCGCCCAGCUCUCUCGAGAAGCUGUGCAAAUUAAAUCCCAAAUUCCCCACAUUGUUGUGAAGAACCAGAUCAUUUCCCAGCCAUUCCCAGGCUUGCAGCUAUCUAUUUCCUUGUGUCACUCUUCAAACGAUAAGAAAUCCCAAAAAUCUGCUUCUGAGAAACAAAGUCCAGAGGAUCACCUCUAUGUACUGGAACAUAAUUUGCACCAGCUGAUCAGGGAGUUUCACAAGCAGACCCUGAGCUCCUCCGUGAUGCCUCACCCAGCCAGCGCCCCCUUUGGCCAUAAGAGAAUGAGGCUGGCCGGGCCUCAAGCCUUUGACAAAAACGAGAUCAACUCCUUGCAACCCAGCGAAGGGCUCCUGGAGAAAAUUAUAAAGCAGGCCAAGCACAUCUUUCUGAGACGCAGAACCGCUCGGACCAUCGACAGUCUUGCCAGCCGUAUUGAGGACCCUCAGAUUCAGGCUCACUGGUCCAACAUCAACGAUGUCUAUGAGUCAAGCGUCAAAGUCCUGAUCACUUCCCAAGGCUAUGAGCAGAUAUGCAAGUCUAUUCAGCUGCAACUGAAUAUCGGUGUAGAGCAGAUCAGAGUAGUACAUAGAGAUGGAAGAGUUAUUACGCUGUCCCAUCAAGAACAAGAGCUGCAAGAUUUCCUCCUAUCUCAGAUGUCGCAGCAUCAGGUGCAUGCGGUUCAGCAGCUAGCCAAAGUGAUGGGGUGGCACGUGCUCAGCUUCAGCAACCACGUGGGCCUGGGCCCGGUCGAGAGCAUCGGCAAUGCGUCCGCCAUCACCGUGGCGUCGCCCAACGGAGACUAUUCUAUUUCAGUACGCAAUGGUCCAGAAAGUGGCAGCAAGAUUAUGGUGCAGUUCCCGCGAUGCCAGUGUAAAGAUCUCCCCAAGAGCGACGUGCUGCAGGACAAUAAAUGGAACUACCUUCGGGGCCCGUUCAAAGAGGUUCAGUGGAACAAAAUGGAAGGGCGCAACUUUGUCUACAAAAUGGAGCUCCUCAUGGCCGCCCUGACGCCCUGUACAUAGAGGGGAUAAUAUAUCAAG